UGAUGAUUUCAUCACAGAAAUCUCUCCGCUGAAGAAAGAGGUGGCGUUACUGGAGACAAAGCUGAGGUCAAGAGGAGAUUUAGCAAUGAAACGAGAGGAUUGUACAGCUUAAACAUAAUUAACUGAAUCAGACAACAUCAAAUAAUUUCUAAUCUUACUGUCUGUAUGUGUUGUGUUGUCAGGAUGUGGAUUGUUGUGAAUCUUCAGUGUAUGUGACUGAUGAUGGGAGUCUGGAUUCAGUGUGGAUGAGCAGAGAUCAGAGCCGCACACCACAGACACUGCUGGACUCUAAACUCUCUGAAGAGAAAUCCAGACACACACAGGACUCCGAUCUCAGUCUGACUUUACUCUCAGAAAUGAAAACUGAACCCACAGAAAUCAAAAUUGAACCCACAGAAAUAAAAACUGAACCCACAGAAGAGGAAGAUUGCACAGACGAAGAUGAUGAUUUUAUUCCAUCAGAUGUGAAGAGUGAUUCAUGUUUGGAUAUAGAAAUAACGUCCUCAACAUCAAAAGAGCGACUGACAGCACAAACUCUUUCCUGCAUCACCUGUGGAAAGACAUUCAGCUCACAGAGACAUUUAGAGAGACAUGAGAGAAAACACACAGAACAGAAACUCUUCACCAGAUCUGAGAUCAGCUUUACUACCUUACAAGAGAAGAAACUUCAUUCAGAAGACCACAGAGAGAAGAAGAAGAAGAAGAAGAAGAAGCAGUUUCACUGUGAGCAGUGUGGGAGGAUUUGUGUCUCUUCCUCUAAUCUAAAUGUUCACAUGAGGACACACAGUGAUGAAAAGCCUUUCAACUGCACUGAAUGUGGAAAAUACUUCACAACCAAACAAAGUCUUGAUUUUCAUCAGAGAAUUCACACAGGAGAA